AUGCGACCCACUGCCAGUUCGACCGAACUAGCUCACCUCUAUUUUAUUCCCAAACCACACAAGAUCGACACACCAUUGAGACCGAUUGUUUCGUCGAUCAAAGCAGCAGCAACGGGCGUUUCGCACUUCUUGGACCUCUUGCUUCGUCCAAUCUUCGAUCAAGCAGCCAAAGAAACAACCAUUAUCAAUAGUAUACAGUUUGUUCGACAAAUCGAAAGCUAUCGAGACAGUGGACGUCUCUUGCCAACUACGCUGUUCGUGACCUUCGAUGUGGCCAACCUGUAUACGAUGAUCCCUCGCGAUGGAGCUAUACUUGCUCUAACCGAUACGUUUAGUCACAUUCUACCAUCAUCGCCGAUCAUCGAAGUGGCUUGUUCUCUUUCGUUGAAACAGUUUACUGCUGCUACCGAUGGGCCAAAGUACGUGCCACCUUGCCAAAGUCGUUUCUCUGGCAAGCCAAUAGAGAAAACUAUUCAACGCGAAUAUGAUACUAUUGUUGGCUGCUUCAAGGCUGGUCUGGCUAACAGCUGUGUGUCCGGUUCGGAUCAACGAGCCAAAGAUUUCUUCGCAUCUGUGGAUGGUCUUCUACGCCGAUUGUAUACCGCUCCGUUGUCUAAGAAAUUAUUCUCGCGUGCUCAAUACGAACAUCGAAUGAUCAGAAGUAUUCAAUGUCAAAUCGAAAAGUCCAAUGUAAUCGUACGACCGACGGAUAAAAGUAAAGUUCUGCACAUGGGUAGUGCGGACGAUUAUCAACGGAAAGCCGUACAAUACAUGCAGGAAACCAAUGCGUAUCGUGAGAUCACCAGUGCUAUCAAUCCAUGUUAUGAGAACGUACGCACCGUCCUGACGUUAAUCGAUACGAUGCUGAAGAACAAAGAUAUCAAUCUGCAACUAUGGAAACAAUACAUGCGACCCACUGCCAGUUCGACCGAACUAGCUCACCUCUAUUUUAUUCCCAAACCACACAAGGUAGAUUCCCGAGAGGAACUGUCGUGA